UUUUGUGCUCUCCCUAAAAUAAAAACGUGAUGGAGCAAUUGGGGGUUAAACAAAUCCCUAAUUCAAAAAUGUGCCAAGACUGAGAAAUGCUGUUUUACUGCUUCUGCUAAACCAUACAUUCUCAGCAAUUAUAAGUUCCUUUUCCCUCUAUUUUAUUUUAGAAAGUAAAAUUAGUGUUGAUAUUUUAUUGGUUUUGUUUUUGAGAAUGAAAAAUUGAGUGAAUACUGUGCAUUUAUAUAUUCAUUGAUUAUGUGAUUGUGAUUGAACUGGUUUUCUGCUCCACACUUGUAAAGGAAAUAAAUAAGGGUCACUGAGCCUUAAAAUAAUGGUAUAAAAUAUUGUCUUUAAUGUAUCCAAAUGAGUUAAUGGUAAAAAAAACACUUAAACUAUCAUUUUUUUUCGAGAGUUUCACACUUCAACUAUUCGAUGUUUUCUUUUCCUACCUAAAUUAUCACCAUCGAUAUAUUAAAAUAGAGGGGAUCUUAAUAGCUCAGUUGUUUGGCUAUCUGAAUUUUUACCUUGUUGAUGAGGGUUCGAUUCUCAUCUUGUAAUCUCCUCCCCCAUUUCCCCUUCCCCACCCCCAAUGUAAUAAGAAAAAGUUAAAAAUUAAAAAAACAAUCUGUAUAUUAAAGCACAUCUCAACUAUCAGCUGAUCCAUUUUCCUACCUGAUAGGGUUUAGGGUUGAUCAGUUUCCUACCUGAUAGGGUUUAGGGUUUUCAGGUAGGAAAAGAAAACAACUAAUAGUUGAAAUGUGUUUUCAACUUUUCAUACAUAGAUGGUGAUAGUUCAGAUAGGAAAAGGGAACAACCGAGUUAAACUCGUGAAAAAACCAUAGUUCGGGUGUGUGUUUUUCCUUAGAUUCUCAUGUCUGUCAUGUAUAAAGGACAGCUUGAUGCACAAAGCAUCACACUUUCACGUCAGUGCAGGGAAGAGCCACACCCUGAAGGGGUGGGAUGUAGCCCGAUGCACAAAGCAUCUUCGCUAGGUUCUAUAAUUAUUUGAAUUAUCACUUAGUAAUGUUAAAUGUGACAUUAUUUUCAGUUCCCAUUGUUUUCAAUUACACGCAAUUUGAGAGUUUUCAAAUUGUGGGCUUAAAGCCACUAUGAUUACAUAGGCUAUGCAAAUUUGAUGUCAUAUAUCUAGUCAAAAUCUCGAAACAGCUAGUAAUUAAGCUAAUUGCAUCAGUUAUAAUGACCUGUUACUGGGAAGGUCUUUUUAUUCUGUAGCAAUGAUCAGUCUCAUUUCAUAUGUUUAUUCGAAGCAAAAGGUAAUUUAAUUCUCGUUGCUGUUUCUUCAUUUUAUUCAAGAAGUACUGAUGGAAGGUGCCCUUGGCGUAAAAAGUGCAAGUCAUACACCCUUCGUUUUCUUGUUGCAAUUGUGGUGUAUUGAUUUGACGAUGUGAUUAGUUAUCUUUUGUAUUUUUUUCCUACUUUCUCCAGAUUCCUUUUGGUGAUUGUUGUUGACUGAUGCCUCCUACGGGCAAAAAAAUUCAUUGUCCCGAUGUUCUCAGCAACCUUCCUGAGGAUGUAAUCGAUGCCAUUCUGAUGUUUUUACCGUUACAAGAUGCGGUCCAGACAAGCAUUUUAUCAAAGAAAUGGAGGUACUACUGGUGCAGACUCCAGGCAUUGACUCUUGAUCGUAGUCUUUGGAAAACAGAAAAGGAUAAAGAAUAUCCUACAACUAAAUUGGUAAAUGUUAUGUACCACAUUUUGACCUUUGUCACCAGACCGAUUACUAAGUUUUCCCUUGAUCCUCCUUAUUUGGAAAGUUGUCCCAAGAUGGACAACUUGUUACAUUUCCUUUCUAAAAAUGGUAUUAACCAUCUUGUUCUUAACCUCGCAUCGACGAACCUGUACAAAUUGCCGGUUUCAUUUUUCACAUGUUUGCAGAUGAAGCAUCUGACUCUCCAAUAUUGUUUAAUACUUCCUCCACCAGACUUCACAGGAUUUGAUAGGUUAAUUAGGCUGGAACUAUACGACGUCACAAUUUCUUCCAAAUCACUUGAAAGUUUAAUCGGUCAUGCCAAGUUUCUCGAGCAUUUGGCGCUGGUUAAUGCUCCCGUCUUAGAUAUUUCAGAUCACAUUCAAAUUAAUACUCCCAAGCUGAGAUUCUUAGACUAUACAAGCAGUAUAAGAUCUAUUUCUUUAGUAAAUGUCCCUCUUCUUGAGGAACUUUGUUUGACAAGUGACGAACCAUCAGAGAACUCAAGAAUAUGCGAUAUUGCCACAUUUUUCGAAUCUUGCAAUUCUCUCGAGCAUCUCCACUUGAGUUACGAUAAUAUCAAGGUCUUGGCUGAAGGUGGCGUACCAAAGAGGCUUCCCUUUGAUCUUACCUGUGUGAAACGGCUAUGCCUAUGUAUUGGUUUUGAUGAAGUAGAUGUGGUCUUGUGUGGACUUUGCUUGAUAAGAAGCUUCCCAUAUUUACAAUAUCUAGAAAUUGAGAUGAAAUAUUGUUGUGUUGAUGUUCCCGCUCUAGAAUGUCUGGAAGUGGAAGGUUGCUCGGACUUGACUUUUCCUCACCUCAUAGAAGUUAAGCUAUUCGUAAUAGGCUCAAUCCCAGAGAUGCAGUUUAUCAAGCUUCUUUUAUCCAAGUCUCAGGUGCUGAAGAGAAUGCUAAUCGAGUCCUGGAUUGAAGAUAUACGGAGAAUAGACAAAAGACUUGAUGAGCUUGCAAAUUGUUGGCGUGCAUCACCUGAAGCAGAAGUUGUCUUUGACCUUAAUAAGGUUCCAUAUAACAAUCCUGUUUGAUCUUCUGGACUCUUUAGUCAGAUCACCAUGAUCAUCUUAAGCUGAAAUCUUUUGAAAGUUGAAGUGAAUAGAGAGAAACAAGUACUGAUUCAGUACUAUACCGGUUGAUGGUGGACGUGUUGAACCACCAGAGCAAGCCUCACUUGUCACAUACUAUAGAUAAGUGAAUCUUGAUUAUUGAUGUUUUGGCUAGUCUGUUUUGUAAUAACUGUUUUUACGAGGUAACCUUUCUACAUUACUUAACUGUUGUUGAAAGAACUAUGAAACGAGACUUUGGUUGUUGAUUUCAAAGUUAUGAUGUGGGUUGUGAUUUUAUUGCUGUC